AUGCAGCAAACCACAUGCACCGAGGACCGCAUCCAGCACGCCCUGGACCGCUGCCUGGACGGACUGCGGCAGAGUCCGACCGCCGCGCAUGACUGGAAAGUGCUGAUGUGCGCGGCCGGGCAGUCCAUGAACCGCUGGAGUCUGGAGGAGCUCGUCAAGAGGGAUCCGGACAACUUCAUCAUUCUGCUGCAACAGCUUCUCAAGAAAACCAAAGAGGUCCAGGAGCAGUGUCAAUAUGAACUGGUUGCUCCACUCGCCAUCAUGUUUUUCUCCACUUUACUCCAGACCCCACACUGCCCCCCAGACACAGAUCUGCUCCAUAAAGCUGUGGAGGUGUUUCGAGAGUUCCUCACGUGGCCGGAGCCGUACAGCAGUGUUUGUAAAAGCCUCCUCAGCGCACUGCAGCUGGAGAUCAAGGUCCCAGGAAUAUCGUUUCAGAGACUUGUCCGAGAGGAGCAAGGCGUGGGCUCUUCAGGCCACUGUUCCAAGACGCUGACUGUCCUGCUGAUGAACCCGGAGGUCCCUGCAAAUUUCCUCACCGUGGCGGAGCAGCUGAGCCGUGUGCAACACUCGCAACACGAGACCAGCAUCACUCUGAUCAAACACGCCUUUCAGUCCGUGCUGGGGGCCAAGUACCCUCUGCAGAGCAUACACAAGGCCUUACAGGAUAAAAGUGUGGCUGAAGUGGAUAAAAUCUACUGUGCGUUAAACGACCUGUUGGAGACCGCUGCGUCUUUGAAUGAUCCGGAGCAGAGUCGGGCUCUUGUGAUUGAGGGACUGGAGGCUCUGAGGAAGAACAUGGAGAUCCCAGAGACCAACAGGAGCAAGCGUGAUGGAAUGCUGCAGACGUUACCACUGCCAACAGCUAAAUGUCUCAUGUUCAACUGGGAUAAAGACAACUUCGACGUCCUGAACACUCUUCUGGACAGCGACCUGGCUUACGUCCCCUCCACCUGCGAGGCCGAGGAAGAGGACGAGUUUGAGCUGGAUGUGGAUGAAGAGACUACAUUUAAUUUGGAGGAAAAAGAGGACCCACGGUUAUCCUCACUAACGCGGGACUAUAGGUCUGACCACCGAGCGUCCACCAUCUCCUCACUGUCCACCGCCUCCAAAGACUCCAUGUUCUCCACCUUAUCCAUCACCUCGGAGUCUUACGCCGCUUCGCUUCUCUCUUCCGGAAUCGACAGUGACUUUUGCGACGACUUGGAGGAUUACAUCUGCCCGUCGCCCGCUGUAGACAAGUGCUCUCCAAAAUCGGUGAACAAGACUCGGUUAAGCCAACACUUUCACAGACUGUUUCGACCCAAGAGUCCUCGGCUCUUGUACCGAGCGAAAAGUUUGGGGAACUCUGAAUCCAAAGACCUUUUAGUCUUGCGAGAGAAGCGGUCGAAUUCACUCCCCCAGCAGGUCCACUUGAGGAGUCUGGAGACGCAGCUGAACUCGCAAAACCAAACCCUGAGACAUGUAUGUUUUAGACGGAGACCUAUUCUGAGCAGUGACGACGACAGUAAGAACGCAACGCUGCGGGUGGUGGUCUUUGGAGCGGACCACGUGGCCGGGAAAGUGGCCCGAGCCUACUCCAGUCUGCAGAGGAGAGAGAGCGCCAGUCCUCACCUGUCCCGCGCCUUCAAUCUGCAGUUCUACUUUGUGCCAGUGAAGAGAGACGGGUCGAGUCCGAACAGCAGCGAGAAGGGAACUUCACCGAGUCACGAUGCCACUCUGAUGGAAACAGGAAGCAGCACUAAUGACAUUGCACACCUUCUGGGAAUGUUGGAUCCUUGGUACGAGAGGAACACACUGAGUCUCCUCAACCUGCCUCCAAAUGUGGUCUGCCAGCAAACUUCAAAGACCGAGUCGGACUCCUACGACAGCUCGUAUGAACAGCGUUUGCCGAUUCUGGCAGACCUGCUGCUGUAUUACUGCAGAUUCGCGACCAGGCCCACCCUCAUUCAGCUUUACCAGGCUGAGCUGACAUUUGCGAGUGGAGAGAAAAGAAGUGAAGUAUUCGUUCACUCCCUGGAGCUGGGUCAUGCUGCAGGAACACGAGCUGUCAAAGCCAUGGGAACAGCCAGCAAACGGUUUGGCAUUGAUGGUGAUAGAGAAGCUGUGCCUUUGACACUGGAUGUGGUUUACAACAGGGUGGUCGUCAGUGGGAGAAGCCAAUGGAAAAGAGAGAGCAAAGUGUGUACGUCAGUGAGCCUAACCAAAGCAUGUAGAAACCCAGAGGAGCUUGACUCGAAGAUGGAGUACCUGCAGCUGUCAAUGACUGAAGUCAUAAAGAGACAAAGUGGAAAAAGCAAAAAGAGCUUUAACCAGCAGCUCAGUCUGAAUGAGGUGAAGGUGGAUAAAGUGCAGAUCACGGGAGACGACAACACGUUUGCUGUGUGCCUGGACCAGGAUGAGAAGAAGAUCCUGCAGAGUGUCACCAGGUGUGACAUAUCAGUGUGCUAUAAGACUGACCGCUCCAGCGACUGGACGCUCAGAAGACCCAAGUCCUCGGCCCAGAUUCAGCCUCUGAACCCCAGCUUUUGCUCCCUUCUGUGCCUGCCCAUCCCUUCGUUGCACGCGCCUGAGGUGAGCAGAGGAAGAGCGCUCCUCACCACUGGGAUCAAGACUGAAAACAACACACUUUUGUGUAGUCACAGUGAGUGGCACAAUCCCAAACGCAUUACAAGACUAAGCUGGAGAUCUUUGACAGUGGCAUGUGGCUAUUCCGUGGAUGACGCAUGUAUUUCUCCGUCACUAAGGAGGAAACUCUUCCCAGUGAUUGGCUGCUCACACUCUCUUGUGACUCCUCACCUCGGUCUGUCACAGAGGCCGCUCUGUGGAGCAUGUGUCACACUGACUGCACCCUUUCUUCAUGAGACACACUAUCAAUGA